CUACAAAACAAAAAGGAAAUUCACUUUAGUUCCCUGAAUGACAGCCAAGAGAAAAGGCAAGGGGAACAGGACUAUGUUGACUCCAUGGACUCUGGCCCACAAGGAAAUGCAACCCCAGCAGAUCCUCCCUUCUGUUUCACCAACCUUUAACCCAACCUUUUCCCUUCACACUGCAGCUGUCCUUGGCUGCUGUUGAUGCUGCCUGCUUACCUGCGAGUAAACCAGGAAGGCACUGUGGACCGAAUGAGCAUAUUUUAAGAACUGCACGAUUGUAUUAAAGAGGCCUGAACUGAGAAAUAGAGGCCAUCAUCUUGAGGUUGGGAUGAACAUUUGCAAUAAACCUCCUAACAAGACAGCACCGGAAAAGAAUGACGAGACAACUCUUGAGGUCCAUUUCCAGUGUGCCCGGAGAAAUGGCUGGAGUUGGCCUCCACAUCCUUUCCAGUUUGUGACCUGGCUGCUGUUUCUCUUGUAUGCAGUGAUUGGCUUUGGCAUCCUUGUGCCACUCCUCCCUGUUCACUGGGUUCCUGCUGGGUACAUUUGUCCCGGAGUUUUUUUCCUCUACCAUCUAAUUGUCCAUCUGACAGCAGUUUCGAUUGACCCAGCUGAUGACAGUGUGCGACAGAAGAAUUACCAGGGGCCUCUCACCACAUUCAGUCGGAGCCAACAUGCUCAUGUUAUUGAAAACCGCCACUGUCAUAUCUGUGAUGUUGAUGUGAGUUCCAAAUCGAAGCACUGUGGGACCUGCAAUAAGUGUGUUUGUGGAUUUGACCAUCACUGCGUGUGGCUCAACAACUGUGUAGGACAAAGAAACUAUUGGCUCUUCCUGAAUAGUGUGAUAUCUGCCAUCUGUGGUCUUCUCCUAAUCCUGCUCAUCGCUUCCUAUGUCUUUGUGGAGUUUUUCCUUAAUCCCAUGAAGUUGCGCACUGACCAGCACUUUGAAGGCUUGAAGAAUCAGACAGACUUGUGGUUUGUGUUCCUUCCUGCUGCUCCCAUUGAGACUCAAGCAGCAGCCAUUUUGGUAUUGGCUGGGGUCCUGAUUCUCUUGGGACUGGUGACUCUGAUCCUUUUGGGCCAUCUGCUGAUCUUCCACAUUUAUCUCAUGUGGCAUAGAAUGACCACCUAUGAAUACAUUGUGCAACGGCGUCCCCCACAGGAGACAAAGGAUCCUGACAAGCAGCCAGAAUCUUGCCCUCCCCAAGUGAGGCCGAUUCAGGAAAUACAGUUCUAUACAGGAAGUCUUGGAUAUACCAAUCCUGAAAUCCAAAUAGAGGACUCUUCAGGGUUAACAUCUGGGAAGGACCUACCCAAAUUUUGCAUCCGCAGUGAUGGUUCAGAGGACAAGCUUAUUCUAUCCCCUGAGUUUCCAGAGGUGCAUGAUGGAGACCAGCCGCAGCUGAGGAAGAAGAAAAAGAAGAAGAAGUUACAUAGGGUCCCCUCUGUGUUGGAAGAAAGAUCACAGACAGGUGCUGCUCCACAUUCCUCUCCUUUUCCAGCCUUACAGCCAGAAUUAUCCAUCACGACUACCAACUCUUCAACGUCAUCCUCUUCCAGCCUUCACCUCCCUGUAUCAACUGUCUCUGCCAAAAUGGUCACAGGCAGCAAUGGUCCAGUUUUAGCUGCAGGUCCUCCAUCUGACUACCAUUCUGAGUCUGCAGAGUCCAUGGAUGAGAUUCCUGUAGCACAGACACGCCUGGGGAGCAGUGCUCCGAAUACAGCUUUCAAGAACAGUGCUCGGCAUCCUCCUUUCCCUGCCGCCCGUUCCAAAGGGAGCGGGGAGAAGCACCAAAAUGCUGGUUGCGUAGAAAAAAGCAGGAAAUGUCAACUGCCCACAGCAGGGCAGCGGAGGGAAGAACUCGAACUCUCUCAUAAGAUCCCAGAUGUGUUUGUGAGCAAAAGCAGUGGAGACCUGCCUGUCCACAAUCCCUGGUCUAGGGAAACAUCAUCUGAACCAUCUCACAGAAAAUGCUCCAGCAAGCGGCAUAUGGCAGCCAACCAGGACUCCCUCAUCUGGGACUCAAGUGCCAGUUCAACAGCAGGAUAGGCAUUUGAUGUCCUAAAAGCCAUAAUGGCAGAGAGAGAAGGAGGGACCCGUGUGGCUCAGUUACUCUCCAAAUAUACUCCUUUUCAAGGGUUUUUAACACUGAGUAUUCUGUCUCACUCUCUGGCGUUGACUAGCAGAUGUUGGGUUGCCUUCCUUUUGUGGAUGGGGAAAUAGAUUUAUUCCUUCACGUAUGUUCCUCCUGUGGCUAAGUUAUUUUGCCUUUUGUAGGGCAGCCAGGGAUAGAAAGCUGGUUACAGGUGAAGUGUCUUCCUGUGCAUUUUGUACCAUGAGUUCUAAGGUUUCAGUGCUGAAACCUUGGAGAUGUCUGAAUCCUUAUUACAAGCUCAUAUCAAGUAAGUAAAUGCCCUUUGCUUAACAUGGCAUUUCCCACUACAAGUGCAGGAGCAGGUGACACCUUUAAUCAGCCAUCGAGAAUACAAAACAAAAACAAAAGUAGUGAGGUUUUGGCCCAUAUUUUAAAACAGGGGACAUUCACAGGCAAUUAAAGGUAUCACCUGCUCCUGCAUUUGUAUUGUUUCCACAACCAUGUGGCCUUUUCCUGAUUUUUCCAUGGCAUUUCCCAGGCUGAGUGCAUCUGUGUGUGCCAAAAGCACCUGCAUCAAAUCUACUGUACACCAACAGGAUUUGGAAGAGUGCUAGUCAUCCAGGAGUAAUGAUUAUCUGGAAAAAGACUGCUUGGUCUUGUGUUCUUGUGAAAUGGAAAGUGCAGAGGCUCAGAUCCCAAACAGGUCUUUCCUCUUCUGUGAUGAUGUGUGUGUGCCUCGGAAGGCAAGCUUACUUUUUAAAAAUGCUGGAUUCAAAGAUCAGAGGCAGUAAUUUUCCUUAUUUAUGUGCUUUUGUUAAUACAAGGCAGUCGUUCUCAACCUUGAUUCCCCAGUUAUUCUGGGCCUCCAGCUCCCAAAGCCAGCAUUACCAGCGGUCAGAGAUUCUUUGAAUUGAAAUCCGUCCAAGGAAGACCUGGUAAGCCUUCACAGGUUUUUUUUCUCCUUUUUCCUGCAGGGGAAGAGACUAGCCCAGCAUGGGCAAGUUCUUCUUGUUUGCUCCAGAGACAAGACUAAUAGGUCAACCUUGUUGAGUUCACUUUCCCUGACUGAGCGUGCACGGGCCUAUUUCCAGUUUGGCCUACCUCCAGAGUGCAGAGGUUCAUCUGACCAGUCUCAGAGUUUUGUAGGGGAUUUUUCUGCCACAGCAGCUGGGUCUAAGAGCUUCUUCCUCCCCUCAUCCCCAGUGAAGGGUUCCUCUUUAUGUGCAGACUUCUACCAGUAGUGUAGAGGGUUUGAGGUUUGGGGGCCCUCAUGGGUAUAAUUAUCCCUAUAAAAAUUGCAUGCAAAGAAAACAUAUGCCAGAAAUUCAACUUUUGCAUCAGUUCAAGGGCAUAGCUGAUUCUCAUAUGGCCACUUCAUGAGAAUUGCUGUUCUAAAACUGCAGAUGGAGACAAUUGACUCAGGUUCUGUAGAGGGCAUGAUGAUACUUAGGAAUGGUCAGAUUUUCCAAGUAUUUCUAGUCAUGAACCUGCAGGAGGGACACAUUUUGGCAUUCUGAAGACAAACUUCAAGAAACUUGAAAGGACACUUUUCACAUUUGGAUGCAAUCCUUGGAUCCAAAUUGGAACUCCAACUCCAGUCCAUUAGAGCAGAGGUCUGCGGCCCGGUGUUUGUCCAUGGCCUGAGCCGGACUGGGCCACGGGGACAGACCUGCUGCCCCACCCCCCGCAUGCAGUCACCCCUGCACAGCUGAUUUGCGCAUGUGCGUGCACUCCAGCACACCCGUGUGAGCGCCAUGCCACUGUUUGCACAUGCGCACAAGUGAGCACGUGCCCAUAUGAGCACUGCACUGCCAUUUGCACAUGCACAUGAGCGAGCACCCACACAAGCCCUGAACCACCAUUUGCAUGUGUGUGUAUACGCAAACGAACGCGAGGAGGUUCUCCAGGCAGUCCAUGGGGUGAAAAAGGUUGGGGACCCCUGCAUUAGAGCACUCACCAUCUUCUAUUGUUGUACUGCUCUAACA